AUGGCUCUUAUGACCAAUCACGUGUGGAGUCUUCUUACCAAAAGAAAUUCUAUAUGGGUGGAAUGGAUUCAUGAGCAUAAAAUUAAAGGGCAAUCUUUUUGGAAAAUUCGUUCUCGUGGUAACUCCACGACGGGCUGGAGAAACAUUAUGAACCUUCUGGAUAAGAUAAGACCGUUCAUUGUCUCUAAGAUUGGAAAUGGUUUAUCAUCUUAUGCAUGGUCUGAUAACUGGUCGUGUGCGGGUCCUUUAUGUGCGUUCAUUUCUUCUCGUCAGCUUCAUAGAGCCGGUUUUAAUCCACAGUCAAAAGUGAAGGAUCUCUUGCAUGAUGAUGUUUGGAGGUGGCCGAGAGCCUGGUUGGAUAUGUUUCCGGUCUUAAUAAAUAUUCAGCCGCCAAUUUUAAACGUAGAAGUUCCUGAUUCUCUUGUGUGGCGUGAUUUGGGUGGUGUGGAACAGAGUUACUCAGCGUCAGCAGUUUGGGAUACAGUCAGGUUGCAUGGCAAUAAAGUCCCGUGGGUGGAAAUAGUGUGGUUUGCUAAUUGUAUUCCAAGGCAUGCUUUUCUUGCAUGGCUCAUUUGUAAGAAGAAGCUAAAGACGCAAGAUAAACUGAAGCAAUGGGAUGUUGGAAGUGCUACAAAUUUAAACCUGUUAUGUUGCCCGUUAUGUUGCUCGGAGCCGGAUUCGCACGAACAUUUGUUUUUUGAAUGUCCGUUUUCUAUGCAGGUUUGGUCUUCCAUUAAGUCUAUGGCUGGUAUUCAACUUGGGUCCGAUAAGUGGGAGGAGAUUAUGGACUGGCUGAUUUCGGUUCCUGCUAAGAAGUCUAUGCGAAGUGUUAUUGGCCGGCUACUCCUGGCAGCUACAGCAUACUUCAUUUGGCAAGAGCGGAAUCAGAGAUUAUUCAAAACAAUAAACGUUCAGUUGCAGUUAUUUUUGAGGCGAUUGUUGCUACUGUUCGGUUGA